CGCCACGACGAGCCGGAGAGACGUCAGGAUGCGCGGCCGAGCCGCGUCAUCGCGCUGCAGCGACUCGGAAGAGGACGAGGAUGCAUGGUCGCGUGAGGACGGCGGGUACGCGACGCCUCCGCGACCGUCCUCGUGUGACGUGUCGCGUGACGACGACGACUACUUCUACGGCGACGAGGCGGGCCCCCAUCCUGCUCCGGCGCUUCCGCGCGAUCGACCGCCGGGAGCCGACGUGACGGGCGAGCGACGUCAGCGGCGCAUGCGUUGCUGCGAGCCGGUCGCGUCGGCCGCCGAUCGCCGUGGUGGCUCGUCGGGUCACGAGGCCGGGGCCGCCGCUGCCGCCGCCGCGGCCGGUCGCAGGGCCAUGCCGAGCGGCCUGAUGAAGCCGCUCGUGGUGCUCGCCUUCCCGGGCAUGUACCUGGUCUACAAGAUCAGCGAGUUCAAGCGCCAGCAGCAGGAGCACAACCGGCGCAAGGUCACCGAGCGGGAACUGGCGCACCUCAAUCACAAAAUCGACAAGCUGCUCACGAAGCUGGAAGAGCAUGAGCCGGAGUUGGCUACAAGUCAGGAGGAAGAGUGCGUGGUCUGCGUGACAGCCAAGGCUAGCAUGCAGACAUUCCCGUGUGGCCACCGCGUCGUUUGCCGCAAGUGCUUCGUCAAGACCAUCCAGGUGGCCGUGUCGCAGCGCGUGCUGCCCCUGCGCUGCGUUAUUUGCCGCACCAAGAUCGUGCGCCUCAAGCAUUCGUCGCAUGGUCACGCUACACCCGUCACACCCGGCGCACGCGCCCUGCUGGCACCCUGCGAAGCGCUGGGACAGACCCGGCCGGCCAAUCCCUGGCCGCAGGACCUGCGCGGACCCGUCGAGCCGCUGCCCGCCAGCCACUAUCGGCACAGUGCCGAAGCGUGUCGCUUCCACAGGCACCGGAGCUCCGUGGCCAGUUCUUCCACGCUCGCGUCACCGGAGGCGGCCUCGUCGAGCAGCGGCAGCAUCUCCAUCAGCCGUCGCGUCUCCUCGCCGCAACCGACCAGUUCGGGAGCCUCGAGCCCGACGUCGAGCUGCCCCGCGAGCCCCGAGGACGCCCCCGAGGUGCCUAGAGGGCGCCGCAGCGGCCUCACGCGAGCGGUCGUGCAUCCGCCACCCCCCUUUCGCUCGCCACCGACACAGCCGCCGAAGGCCGCCUGUCCACCACCACCACUGCCGGCGCGAAGCCCCAGGACCCCAGUCCCGGAGUCUCCCUUCGGAACGCCGGAGAAAGAAGUGGCCAAGUCAACGACGCCACCUCCGAGGACAACCGCUGCUACGAAGACGAAAAGUCCGGGCGGAUCACCGAAAGAACGCGCUGGCUGACGCGCCGGCCAAGACGUCACCGGACCGACCCGCACCACCCAGGCUGCAGCCUCCACCGCCGGUCAAGUCACCGUCUUCGCCAACUGCGCCGUCGACGACGGCGAAAAACGCCGGCUGCGGUGCUUUGCCCGGCGGCGUUGUCCAGCGUGGUUCUGGCUCCUCCGCCCGCCGAGGUGCGCAGCCGCCGUGGUGGCCAGCACCGAGUGAGUCCGGCGGGAAGCGUCUCUGCACCGACGGUACUGCCGCUCACGGUACGGCCGCCGCCACCCAAGCCGCGGCCACCGUCCCGCUUCGAGAGAUUCCGCGACCUGCACGUGCGGCGGCCCACGUUGCUGCUACCCAUCCCGGAGAA